AUGCUGAUCGACUUCGUCCCCACCGUUUCCGGAGUCUCCCUCGCUGAGGCUCCCGGCUUCCUCAAGGCCCCCGGCGGCGCCGCCAACGUCACGAUCGCGGUUGCCAGGCUCGGCAGCAAGGCCGCUUUCAUCGGGAAGCUCGGCGACCACGAGUUUGGGCACAUGCUGGCCGGGAUCUUGAAGGAGAACGGCGUGAUCGGGGAUGGAAUCAACUUCGACAAGGGGGCCAGGACUGCUCUGGUGUUCGUCACUCUGAAGGCCGACGGCGAUCGCGAGUUCGUGUUCUACCGGAAUCCCAGCGCCGACAUGCUCCUGCAGCCGGAGGAGCUCAAUCUCGAGCUCAUUAGAUCUGUAAGAAGAAGAAGAAGGAAAGGGAAAGGGGGAAGAAUGGGGCGACGGUAG